GCAGCGGAUUGGUCGUGAACCUACCUUGUUGCAUGCCGGCAGCGGAGAGCAGAACUUCAUUGUGGAGGUUCGUUUUGAAGUUUUAAGGGGACCGUAUACUUGAUCAUCCGAUCCGUCCUGCAACAACUUCUGCAACGUCAUGGUGACCUUCACGUGCAGUUCUUGUGGCGAAUCAGUGAAAAAGAAUCAAGUAGAGAAGCAUUACCUUUCACGGUGCCGCAGUUGUAACAUGUUAACAUGUAUCGACUGCAACAAAGAUUUCUGGGGGGAUGAUUACAAACUGCAUACAAAGUGCGUAACGGAGCAACAGCGCUACGGUGGAAAGGAUUUCAAGGCACCGACAGCGAAAGGGGAAGCCAAACAGCAGGAAUGGAUGGACCUGAUAGCCAACGUGAUAGCGACAGAAAAUGUUCCACCGCGUGUGAGAAGCAUGUUCAAGGCAAUGGAGGCAUAUGAGAACGUUCCCAGAAAGAUGAAGCCAUUCAAGAACUUUCUCGCGUCAAGCCUACGGAUCCACGACCAGAGGCUCGCCGAAGAAGCGUGGCAGAUCAUACAGCAGGCACAGGCUCAGAAGUCCCAAAAUGAGCAGCCCCCUAAGCGACGAGCAGAAGCGGAGCCUCCCCAGAGUCCGAAACGUCUGUGCGAGAACGGCACUUCGGUGGAAGACCAUUCCGAGAACCAGCCCCGAUUCAAGUGGAAAAAGGCAGUGAAGGCUACUCUCCGCUCUGCCAAAGGGCAGCAGCUUUCUUGGAAGAAGUUGCAGAAGAAGGUUUUUGCACAGUACCAUGCAAGCUCCGUCACCCCUCCCAUGACGGAUGAAGAAAUGCGAGCCAAGUUUCAAAAGGUCGUCACCGGUCACAAACAGAUAGAACAAGAUGGAGAUGUGGUUAGGUUAGUCCCUGUAGCUGAAUAAAUAAAGACUUCAAUGAACUUCAA